AUGCAUUCAUUAUAUUACCGUGGUUAUGGUCAAGUACGCGAAUUAUACCUUGAAGAUAACCAAAUGGGCGAUCCAUCUCUUGUGCUUCAAGCACCAAAUAUAACAAUCUCUCGAACAGAUAUUAUAAAAAAUUUCCAAAAAGCAUUAAAUUUAUUUGCUAAUGAAGGCAUUCGAAAACGUUUUAUGGUUAUUAAUUUUUCUAAAGGUACUUAUAUUAUUGGUGGAUACGUAUAUAUACCAAACAAGUAUCAAAGACAAAUACCAAACUACGAUUAUUUUUAUGAUAGUAAUCUUGAUAGAUUAAUACCAAUCGAACCAUUACCCGAUGGACGUGUUAGUUUUGCUAUAUGCAGUGAUGGACGAUAUAUUAUUUGUGCAGGAGGCCAUACUUAUAUGAAUGUUGCAUUAAAAUCCGUUUACAUGUUUGAUACAGAAGAAAGUAUUUGGAUUCGUUUACCAGAUUUACCAGCACCAACUAGUGGUGCUGGAAUAGCUUUUCAUAACGAUUCUAUUCAUUUACUAGGCGGUUUUGAUAUUAUUCUUAAUCGUUCUGUUGUUCAUGGUGAAUAUAUUGUAUUAAAUUUAAAAAAUACAGAUCAAAAUUGGAUUCGUCGAACUGAAAUUGUUCCAGGUCGAGCACGACCAUUACUUUUAAUUGUACCUGAUCCUCACAAUCCAAAUGAAACUGCUAUUUAUAGUGCUGGUGGUUAUGAUAUUGAUAGUUCUCAUAAACCACAUUCAGUUACUCGUCUAGAAUAUUAUAAUGAACGUUUUGAACGAUGGGAAUUCAUGGAUACAAUUGAAAAUUUACAGUUAGAAUAUGGUUUAUCUUAUACUAAUAAUAAAUUAAACGUUAUGGCUAAUGAUAUACGUUUACAACAGUAUGAUUUUCGCACAAGAAAAUGGACAAAAUCUAUCGUAAACAAUGUCUUGAAAAAGAAUAACAAUUCAUUAUUAUGA